AACCUCAUAAAUUACAAUUUAGCGUUGGAUCAAUACAUUAAUGCAUUCUUUAUGGAAAUACAAAUUAUUUUGUCACAUAGAAUAUGUGAAAAUCACACACAGUGGCAGGCGAUCUACUCAAAGCUAACUCAAACAAAUUCUCCCUCGUCUUCUCCGCCCCUUCUCCCUACUACCAACACUUCCACGGCUGCUACCGCUACUCACUACCGUUCACAUCCGCCGCAAUGGCUUCCCUCUCUUUCUCCUCCGCCGUAUCCUCCUCCACUCCCUUCCUCCGCCCUUCCGCGUUCCUCCUCAGACCCCGCUCCACCCGCCUCCCCCUCGUCCGUGCCAAGAUCCGCGAGAUCUUCAUGCCCGCCCUCAGCUCCACAAUGACCGAGGGGAAAAUCGUCAGCUGGGUCAAAUCCGAAGGCGAUGUCCUCUCCAAGGGGGAAGCCGUCGUCGUCGUCGAAUCCGACAAGGCCGACAUGGAUGUCGAGACCUUCUACGAUGGAAUUCUGGCCGCAAUCGUCGUCAACGAAGGUGAGACGGCUCCCGUCGGCGCCGCGAUUGGGAUUCUAGCAGAGACUGAGGGCGAAAUCGCCGAAGCCAAGGCUAAAGCCGCCGCCCAAUCGUCGUCGGCGCCCGCUGCGCCGCCGCCUGAGGUCGAGAAGCCGGCUCCUGUUGCUCCGAAAGCUGAAGCUCCAGCUCCGGUGGCCGCCGCCUCUCCUGCGACGCCCGGGAAGGUAGUGGCGACGCCGUUUGCGAAGAAAUUGGCGAAGCAGCAUAAGGUGGAUAUCAGUGAAUUGGUUGGGACAGGGCCGUUCGGUAGGGUUACGCCGGAGGAUGUGGAGAAAGCGGCUGGAAUCACGCCUGCUCCAAAGGCCAAUGUGGUAGUGGCUGCGGCGCCUGCAGCUCUGGCGGCAUCUCCGCCUAAGGCUCCAGCAAGUUAUCCUGAUAUCCCAGGGUCGAAAAUAGUGCCGUUUACCACAAUGCAGGCUGCAGUAUCGAGGAAUAUGCUCGAGAGUCUUGCCGUGCCGACUUUUAGAGUUGGUUAUCCGAUUGCAACGGACGCGCUCGAUGCUCUGUAUAAGAAGGUGAAGUCGAAGGGUGUUACCAUGACUGCCUUGUUAGCAAAAGCUGCAGCAAUGGCAUUGGUUCAACAUCCGGUGGUUAAUGCUACAUGUAAAGAUGGGAAAAGUUUUACUUACAACAGCAAUGUAAAUAUCGCUGUGGCUGUGGCAAUGGAUGAUGGACUGAUCACACCCGUGCUUCAAGAUGCUGAUAAGUUGGAUCUAUAUCUGUUGUCCAAGAAGUGGAAGGAGCUUGUCGAAAAGGCACGAGCGAAGCAACUACAGCCCCAAGAAUACAAUUCAGGAACUUUCACAUUGUCUAAUCUGGGCAUGUUUGGAGUGGAUAGAUUCGAUGCUAUACUUCCUCCUGGACAGGGAGCUAUAAUGGCCGUGGGAGCAUCAAAGCCUACUGUCGUAGCUGACAAAGAAGGAUUCUUCACCGUUAAAAACCAGAUGCUGGUGAAUGUUACAGCUGACCACAGAAUCAUCUACGGUGCCGACUUGGCUGCAUUCCUCCAAACAUUCACGAAAAUCGUCCAGAACCCAGAGAGCUUGACAAUGUAGACGAAAGAUGGUCGGUCAGAAGUCUUAAGAGGCAUGAAAUUGAAUAAAAUGCAGCCAAUCGAGGAGUGUCUUAUUUGAUUCUUUGCCUCUGAUAUUAUACUGUUGCGAACAAAAUUAUGCUAGGCAUUUUUGAAUUGUCUGUUUGAGGAGGAUGAUCAUCAUUUUUCCCCUGUUUUUUUUCUUUUAUAAUGAAGUUGGCUUUUUUAUUUUUA